ACAUCACACAUUACGGUCUCAUACCCGGAAGCACGGUAGCCCCGCGCGCCUCUCUACCGCGCUCUCCAGUGGCGCGCACUGACACACAGCACAUGCGUUUUGCUGGUGCGUCCGUCUUAUGGAGCUUUCGUUUUGGUUUACCGCCCGAUAACCUGCAGUAAUCCAUCAACCCGCAGCCCCCAGCCCCAGAGAGAGUGAGCGUUGGCCGGGUAGUACAGGCUCUGACCGCAGCGCUCCGUCAGCUGUGACAUUGACAGCGCGGUGUUGAGGUGUUGGGUGCAUGUCCGUUAUUAGACAGCCUCGUCUGCGAUCAUGGGCGACUACUUCUGCCUCUCCGACUGCGACGUGAUCGGCUUCGACCUGGACCACACGUUGUGCCGGUACCAUCUGAAGGAGACGUCCAGGCUGAUCUACGAGAGCUUUACCCGGUUUCUGGUAGAACACAAAGGCUAUGACAAGGAACUGCUGGAGCUCACCCCUGCCACUUGGGACUUCUGUUUCAAAGGCCUUGUGGUGGAUCUGGAAGAUGGAAAUCUUGUGAAACUGGCAGAAGAUGGAACAGUUCUAAGAGCGACACGUGGGACCAAAGACCUGAGCACAGAGGAGCUGCUCCGGCACUAUGGUCCCUUGCGGGAAUGGAAACACUUUGAGAGCCUCAGCACGUCCUUCACCAGAUCUGCUAAAUAUUAUUUCUACGACAACUACUUUGACCUGCCUGGAGCUCUUCUUUGUGGGAGAGUUUUUGACAUGUAUCAGAAGCAGCAAGGAAAAGAGGUGAACGCUGACUUUUGGAAAGACAUGAUAGCUGCCAUCGACCACAACUACAACACCUCUGCCUUUAAAGAUGAUGCUGGUACAUACUUUCCAUGUGUGAAGAGGGACCCCGGGCGGUACCUGCAGCCCUGCUCCGACUCGGUCAAGACCUGGCUCCGGACCAUGAAGACCGCAGGCAAAGUGCUGCUGCUCAUCACUAGCUCCCACAGCGACUACUGCCGCCUCAUCUGUGAGCACGUGCUGGGGAAGGACUUUGAGGAACUGUUUGACGUCAUCAUCACAAACGCUCUGAAACCAGGCUUCUUCUCCCUGGUUCCCCAUCAGAGGCCCUUCAGGAACCUGGUGAACGACGUGGAGGAGAGUGAGGGCCUCCCGUCUCUGGACAAACCGGGCUGGUACUCUCAGGGAAACUGGCCCCACCUGCACGAACUGCUCAAGACCAUGACUGGAAAACCAGAGCCCAAGGUGGUGUACUUUGGCGACAGCUUGCGCUCAGACAUGUUUCCGGCCAGCAGCUUCGGGAAGUGGGAGACUGUGAUGAUCGUGGAGGAAAUGGAGGGGGAUGGGGUGCCCCAGAGUGACGCAGCCAAAUCCAACCAGGCCCCAGUGGAGCCGCAGGAGAAGAAGGGAAAGUUUGAGGAGCAGGGCAUGAAGUCUCCCUCUGCGGCGUCUAACCAGUGGGGCUCGUACUUCGUGGAUGUACAGAAGGGAGCGGGCGGAGAUGAGGAUGUGCACAAGCUGACCUGGUGCUGCCACUGCAUCCACAAGUACAGCUCUCUAGCCAUUCCCAGUGUGGAGCACAUAGCAGAUCUGCCUUUGGAUUACAAAUUCCCCCGUUUUUCUCCAGACAAGCCCUGCACCAGUGGAUACUAUCCCAGACCUCCUGAUUCUUUACUCAAGAGGUUCCAGAAUCAGUAAAAAAAUAUUAAAUUCUACAUAAUUUUGAAACAGUCCUUCCUUAUGUCGGCCUCAGGAGAGGAACGUGCCUCCCAUCACCAUCUGCUGUGUAGACUGAGACUGCCAGAGGUGUGCCUGGAACACUUGUGUGUUUGUGUCUUCUGUUCAUCCAAGAACAAACUAUUGGUCUUUUGCCUCAUACGUUUAGUGCAACGUUCAAAGAAUUGAUUGUGUACUCUGUGUGAAUCUCUUUUGUUGAAAUAGGAACCUUCAUUAACUCCCAGAAUUGAAGCCCUCUCCCAAACUAUACAUGGUGGAAAAGCUGGAAAUGACAUUUUGUUAUUCCACUUUCUGCUAAAUGCGCAAAGAAACACUUGGGUAAUCAAAUCUGUAGAAUAUUAAUUUGAAUUUUGUAUAAAAAGAGGAUUUAACCCACCUGGUUAAAACUGUAUUCAACAUAAAUCGAUUUCUCCUGUGGGCAUAUUAUGCUUGCAUUAUUAUGAGCUUUUUACUAUGUAUGAAGGGAGGGCUCUCAUUUCUGCAGUUACGAACAGGAGGCCAGUGGCCUGGUUUCUAUUACUAAGCUGUUUUAGAUCAAUAUUGCAGUUUACAAAAUGUAAAAUAAUAUUUGUGUGAUCAUUUAAUAGGAUACUAAAUACCAGAAGAAAAGCAAAAUAUGUCUUCAUUAUUAUUUGAGGAGGAUGGCCUUAUGGUCUUGCUGACUUUUAUAUUCAAUUCCAUAUUUUUGUGUAAAUGGGUACUCUAUACUUUGAAAAGAGCUGUGGUUCAAAAGCCAUGUUGUAAGACAUGAACAGAGCAUUUGUGAAUGUAGGCCACAGUGACACACAUUGGGACUUUGUGUCGUGCUGUAGUUUUCUCUGAAGAAUAAGACUUGAGUGAUUGUCUGUUUACAUAAAUAACACAUGGACAGUUCUUCAAAACUGACCUGGACAUGGUUAGCACUUUACAUUUUUUCCCAUUACCUCUGGAUCGUGUUGGUGCUGUGCGUGUUGAAGUUUCAUUUGACUGCUCAUUAUGGAGUAAAUCUGUCUUUCGUUCUAUGUUGAUUGUUUAUUGGGACGUUACCUGCCAAACCCUGGUGCAGUGCUGUCUUUUGUAUUUAAGACGCAUAACUACAGUGAGAAUAUAUGUGUAUAAUGGGUGAAGUCUGUGUGAUGUCCUGUACUUGUUCCGCUGGAGUGACUGUAUUAAAGUGGACUUCUUGUGCUUCAGUCAAACUGCUUUGAAUCCUGCUUUGAAUGAAUGGUUUACUGUUCAUCAUAGGCAAUAAUAUUGUAUUCAUCAGUGACAGUGGCAUAGUCUGGCACCUGGUGACUUGGAUAAUUUAUUUUUAUGCAUUAUAUUGUGAUAACAUGUAUGUAAUACAAAUUGGUUCUAUAGUCGGUUAUAUGAUAUUCAUUAAAAAAGAGACUGGAAUCCAUUUUAUCACAUUCUUUGACUACAUUUAAACUGUUGGAAGGACACAAGUAACUACUGCAAAUUAUUUCUAUUGAAAUACUUCCACACAUGCAACAUGUGACUGUGCCGCCAUGAAUGCAUUCAUCUUUGUGAUCUGUCUAUUAGCUUACGGCAAAGUCAGGGUAGAAUUGGAGACUAUGUAAAUUACCCUUACAAUUGGUGUGCCACUGCAUUAGUCAAGAAAUAUGUAGAGAUCCGCAUAUAAUUAAGAAUUGUAUUCUGUUGUUUCUAGGCUCCUGUCUGGAGGUGCACUGUCAGGCUGCCUUCUUCUCACAUAGACCCUGUAUAUUUGCCUUUUAGUCUGCCCUGUCUCAAUGGGGGAAAAAAGCUAAAUAUUGUCAAACACUGACUACAUGUAGGUUCUUUAAGAUGAUAUACAGACAGACAUUAUGAAUAUACUGUAGUGCUGUUCAGUCAUAGAAAAAUGUGUUUCACACUUGAGCAGAAAGACGUGAGUGGUGAUUGUACUCUGCUCAUCUCAUCCUGGAAACUCUGACAACUCC